AUGUACACAAGCAAUCAGAAUGAAGCAAAACAAUACAUUAAGAAAUCACUAGAAAGUUCUGAUGGGAAAUCACUCGGAUUUCGCAAAUUAUUUGAACUUAUUUAUUAUCUUUUACAGAAAUCAUUCAAUACCGAAUGCUUCGCUGUUUUAAACGAGAUUACCACAACAGAUAAAAUAUUUAGCUAUUUAGAUUCAGUUAAAUUUCCUCAAUUUUAUUCAGAAUUUUUCGAUUUUCCACCAUAUGAUCUCCUUUACAUAGUUUCUAUCAUUUUCCAGCAAAGCCAGAAUGUUCAACCAUCAACAUACUUAUACACUCUCUUUAAUUUCUACUUAACUUUCUAUGAAUCAUUAUUAAAAUGCGUAAACUCACAAGAUAUCAUACUCAACGACGAGUUUAACAUCGAAUCAAGGAAGAAAACGUUUGAUAGUGCAUGUUCAACAAUUUUAUCAAAACUUUCCAUAAUUGCAAGCUCUAUUUCAGCAAUCUACCUCGGAAAAACAGAUAAAAUGCUAUUCUCAAAGUUUGUCGAUAACUUGCUUACUACCAAAUCCUACCUUUUCCAUGAUUCUAAUUUUUCAUGCAUAAUUGGAAGGAUGUUACUCAGUUUGAACAAAUACCAUCAAGCUCAUGAGAUAUUUAGCUACAUAAGUGACAUCAAAAUUCUUUCAUCUAAUCAACCUUAUAUAGAUUUCUUUAGAAUGAAUUUCCAGUCAGCAGCAAAUGGAUUUGAACAAUCAAAAAAUCCAAUGAAUAAGAUGAAUCAAGUUGUUGCAUACAUUUAUUCCGGAAAUAUUAAACAAGCUGUUCAAUUAUUUAAUGAAAAGGUGAAAGAGUUCCCAGCUCUUAGACUUUUCAACAGUGUUAGAGACUUAUCCCUAUUUUUGCAUGAUUUAUGUAGCGAAACUGAAGUUAUCAAGGAAAUCCAAAUUUCCAAUUAUCCUCUCCUUGAUGAGAAUUAG